AUGUUGAAUCAGAUUCAUAGAUAUAUUUGUCGUACCGGACAAUUGCACAAAAAUGUAUACCCGUAGUUUGGAAUCGCUAAAAUGAUGACAACGAUUGGUGCUAGGCUAUGACAUUGAGCACACAGGACACGAAAGCGACGAGGUCGUUUAAAGAUACACACACCAUUUUUACUAAUAUCACUGUUUAUCUAGCCCGUGCAUUAGUCGUUUGGAUUUUUCUGAUACAUUGUUUCACUUCUCACGGACGAUGUCUAAGUGCGUCGAUUACUCGCUUGGUCGGCUACAAUGUAUCCUAGCCUAGCGGCUUGUAUAAGGGGGGAACUACCCUAGAUUCAGAACAGACAAGAGACGUCAUCAGCAUUUUGGUCUUUAAAUGGUUGCGUCGGAGGAGGUCAUUGCAGAGAAAAGCAAGAUAUUCGUAGGAAACAAGCCUAGAAGACACUGAGAUAAGAACCAAGUCAAGUUGAAGAGGAAACACCGGCUUUACCCCGGGAUUCAUAAAUGGGCGACUACGGCUUCGGAGUCCUGGUGAAGAGUAACGGCAGUGGCACCAAAUCUGCUUUCCCUGUGAGGAUCCCCCCUCACCUCCAACCUCAGCCCCCCCACCUCAACCACCCCUCCAACCCUCCCAGCCCCCCCUCCUUUGUCAACAGCACCUCAGCCACCAAUGGAGGAGGUAGCGCCUGGCUUUUCCCCUCAGUAGCAACCCACAGUAACAUGCAGGAUGAGAUCCUUGACUCAGACAAGGCCAAGGCCCUGGACCUCCAGGACCUUCAGGAGAAGGUUCAGACCCAGCCGCAGGCACUCUCUCCUGGGCAGCAGGAGGCUGGAGGUAGCUUAGGGGAGCUGGAUGGAUCUCUACCUGAGGAUGGCUCAAUGGAAAAGGGUUCAUUGGAGAGCAGCGGUGGGAAGGAGAAGCUGAGGGGUGGGAUGGACUCUCCUCCAGUGCUAGGAGGGUUUGACUACCAGGACAGCCUGGGUAUGGGGACGUCUGGAGUCCAGUCUACCUCCUCUUCCUCUUCCCUGACCUCCUUCAACAACUGGUCCCCUGCCGUACCCUCCAACCCCUCCCCCGUUGUAGGCGAGGAUGUUGGGGGCGGGUUCUUCGGCCCGGCAGGUUCCAACAGUAACGGACCUCAGAUGCUGUUCCAAAACUUCUCCCACCACACAGGGCCUGGCUUUGGUGGCGCGGGGGGGAGCUUCUCCCCACAGAUUGGUCCCGUCUCCCAGCACCAUCCCCCUCCACACCCCCACCACUACCACCCCCACAAUCAAGGGGUCCCACCCCAGCACAGGCGCUCCCCAGCCUCACCCCACCCUACCCAGCCUUCCUUCCCUCCUCACCCCCACCGCUCUGGAGCUUUCACCCAGCUUCCCCACCUGGCUCCGGCCCAGUCCAAGCCUCCCUCCCUCUGGGGUAGCUACCAGAGCCCUGCCCCCUCCACCCCCACCUCCACCUCCUGGAGCCCCGGGGGAGGUGGAUACGGUGGCUGGGGAGGUUCACAGGGGGUCAGAGAGUACCGUAGAGGCCUCAAUGGAGGCGUUACUGCCCUCAACUCGAUCUCCCCUCUGAAGAAGUCCUUCCCCAACAACCAGGUUCCCUCUCAGAAAUAUCCCCGUAACAACUCUGGGUUCAACCACAAGGCUUGGAUGGAAGACAGCAUGAGUCGCACUGAUAACUUCCCUUUCCAGCAGGAGCGAGCACGUUCCUUUGAUGGCUUCAGCAUGCACUCACUGGAGAACAGUCUGAUUGACAUUAUGAGAGCUGAACAGGAUUCCUUAAAAGGUCGCUAUGGUUUCUCUCACCAGGGUGGAGACGGGUCUUUGCCCAUGAAUGCCAGGAGUUAUGGCAGACGACGAGGUCACUCUAACCUGUUCCCCAUGGAGGACGAGCGGGCCUUUGGCGAGGAUGAGUCAGGGGACCAAGGUCUUCCUGGUUUAGGCUCCACCCACUGUUUCCCGCACCUCAACGGAGAACGGGUGGAAAGAUUCUCCCGCAAAGUGUUUGUUGGCGGGCUGCCACCUGAUAUCGAUGAAGAUGAGAUUACUGCCAGUUUCCGCCGAUUUGGACACCUGUUUGUAGACUGGCCACACAAGGCAGAAAGCAAGUCCUAUUUCCCACCCAAAGGUUAUGCAUUCUUACUGUUCCAAGACGAGAGUUCUGUUCAGGCUCUGAUUGAUGCCUGUAUUGAGGAGGAUGGCAAGCUCUACCUCUGUGUCUCGAGCCCCACCAUCAAGGACAAGCCUGUCCAAAUCCGACCCUGGAACCUGAAUGACAGUGAUUUUGUGAUGGACGGCUCUCAGCCUCUAGACCCCAGAAAGACCAUCUUCGUAGGCGGGGUGCCACGUCCUCUACGUGCAGUGGAACUGGCCAUGAUAAUGGACCGUCUGUAUGGGGGUGUGUGUUACGCUGGUAUUGACACCGACCCAGAGCUGAAGUACCCUAAAGGGGCGGGCCGUGUUGCAUUCUCCAAUCAGCAGAGCUACAUCGCUGCAAUCAGUGCUCGAUUCGUUCAGCUACAGCAUGGCGAAAUUGAUAAGCGGGUGGAAGUGAAGCCAUACGUGCUGGACGACCAGCUAUGUGAUGAGUGCCAGGGGACGCGUUGCGGGGGGAAGUUUGCUCCUUUCUUCUGUGCUAAUGUCACCUGCCUCCAGUACUACUGUGAGUACUGCUGGGCUGCCAUCCAUUCCCGGGCCGGACGAGAGUUCCACAAGCCACUAGUCAAGGAGGGGGGUGACCGGCCCAGACACAUAUCCUUCAGGUGGAAUUAGGCAGGA